AUGCAGGCCUCUCGGCAGAAGACGCUGCAGCUCGGGAGCCCCGCCAAGGAGAUCUCUGGCAAGCCAAAAUUCCAGGAUUCGCAGCGCAGUCCUGGAAUUGAGUCCGUGUCUACGAAUACAGGCGGAGUCGGAGGUGGGAACCCGUGGUCGCCAGGAAGAUCUGCGUACAGGCUCAAGCGGUACUCCAUAGGAGGUGCGACCACGAUGUUUAGAGAAGAGGACAUCCCACAGGAAGACGAUCCUCUCGCGGCGAUCUAUGGCCAGCAGGCCAUCGACUCGCGGACGAACCCGAAGACAUGGACUCACUCAGAGAAGCUGCGCAACUGGGAGAAGCGCCUGCACGGGGACGCGAAGCUCGCGGAGAAGGACGAGCAGCUCCGCCACCACCGCGAGCAGCAGCAGGCCCACGACGCGAGCCUCACCGAGGCCUUCGGCCAGAGCGUCGGGGCCUCGCCGGGCAGCCCGAGGGCCAGGUCCUGCGAGGCCUCAAACGGCAGGGGCAUAGCGGGUCACCCAUCCCAGAUAGGCAUGAGGGCCGCCUUCACGGACCGCGCCCUGAAGCUGGCGCACAUGUCGGAGCACUUCUCGCUGGCGCACACGGCGGACGCCUCCAUGGAGACCCAGAGCCAGCGCGCGAGCGUGGCUUCGGGCAGCCCGGCCUCCUUCGACAUGCCCGCCGCGGGGAACGGCAGCCUCACCAAGGCGCCCAAGAGCGCGCUCGCGACCAUGCACAUGCACUCCGCAGACGCCGGCUCGCCCCUCACCACCGCGCGGGCAGCGAGCAACCCUCACAGCGACCGCAUGGGGUACCUUCUCCAGCAGGCGGCAGAGUCCGAGCGCGACCAGGACCAGGUGAAGGAGGAUGAGGAUCUCUUCCGCCAUCAGAUGGGAAACAGGCACCCUGGAGACAUGGCGCCUACGACUAGGGCCAUCACAAAGGCGCGUGCACGCUCGGCGGAGUCCUUCGCGGGCGCCUCGAGGCCGUGGGGCUCCAAGCUCGACGUCUUCAAGAACGCCGCGCCCGGCGAGGAAGGCGAGAGACACAGCACACGGCGCCAUGUCCAGGACUGGCUGCCAAGCGACAGGGUCACGAUGGCACAGUGCCUCACCUCGGCCAGGGACGACGCCGCGGCCGAGCCCGUGGACAUUGUGUUCAUGCAGGGGCACAGCCCCCCGUGCACGAAGUUCUCCAGCACGGCCGACCAGAAGAAGCAGGGCAGCCCGAAGAAGCAGGGAUGGAAGGAUGGACCGAGCGGCAGGCCCGACUACUGGUUCGACCGCACGGGCGCCUACGGCACCGGCAGGCGCCGGGGCAGGGGCGAGUGUUUCGAGCACUCGGCCGAGUCCACGAAGCAGUCGAUCGCGAGGGACGCGGAGUCGGCGGCCAUGUACAGGUACGAGCUCAUGGCGACCGGGGAGGCCACGCCGAGAGCCUGCUCGCAGCCGCCCGUGUACAACCCAUUUCGAAGAAGGUGA